CGGGUGGUCUUCCAUCCGGUCUUACAGUUUAUAGUAAAUCACGAGGCGUUCAUCGUCUACAAAUUGCGUGUGAGACCCUCGUAACAGAACAAGAUUGUCUGGCCCUGCACAAGGCACCCAUCGACGGCAGCUUGACCACUCAAAGUAAUUGCGGCGAGCCAUCGACCCAUCCAUCACGGAAGCAGACAGCCCCAAGAUCUGCACCAUGGCCGACCACGCCAGCCUCCUCAAGCUCGCCGAGACAGAGGUGUCUCUGGAGAUCACAAAGGAACAGUACGGUCCGGUCCUCACGAACCCGCCUUUUGUCUACCUAGACGGGACCCUCAACACCAGAGACCUCGGAUUGAUCCCAGACAGCCCGCUCCGCGCAGGCUUCGCGUAUCGCUCUGGUCUCCUGUCCAACAUCACAGACAAUGGCAGGGCUGUGCUCGAGGGUAAGCUUGGCAUCAAGCGCGUGUUUGACCUGCGGUCUCAGCCGGAACGAGAAAAGGCGCCCGAGCCGGUCUUCGAAGGUGUAGAGACCACGUGGAUCCCGAGUACGCGACCCGGCUCGAGACUAGACCUGGCAAUGUUCGCUUCAGGUGGUGGUGAGGCCGGGUACGAGGACAUGUACUUGGAAGUGAUUGAGGUCUAUGUCCCAAGCUGGAAAGCUAUCCUAGAGCACGUGCGAGACCGCCCCGACGAGCCGUUCCUAGUGCACUGCACAGCUGGCCGUGACAGGACUGGCGUUUUCGGCGGCCUUCUCCUGACACUUGCGGGUGCAUCCGAGGAGACGGUCACGCUAGACUACCUGCUAUCCAGAGUCGGUACUGAGCCAGUCCGGCUCAUGCUGCUCCAUCUUCGCGCUUCCUCCUGGAAGGCAUUCACCGAUGGCGUACAGAAGAAGUAUGGAGGGUUUGUCCAGUUUGCCAAGCAGGAGCUUGGAUUCUCUGAAGAAGAUCUUGCCACGAUCAAGAAGAACGCAACAAGCCCACGUAGUUGAUUUCGGGAAGAGACAACUCUGCGACUUGGGUCAUUAGUAGUCGGAGAGGCGGUCGUUCCUGAUUUUCACCAGCAAGGACUAUCCGUGACCGGAAUGAAUAGAACCAUGUCUCUACGUUUUUCCUCACCCGCAUCGUCUCGCAGUAGACAACCAACGACACGUAAUGGUGGUGCCGACAUGUUCCGCGCAAGACAACGUUUACCCUGCCGAUUAUCCGUAUGAUUUUGUACGCAGGCCUGUAAGAGACGGCCACAGGCCUGUUCCCAAGAGAUAGCAGUUGCGGCCGAAAUCCUGAGAGCGACUCCCACUCCUUCCC